AUGGUAAAAAAUGAGAUAAAAGUCUUUGCUCGACUGAGGCCGGAAUUAAAACGAAGAAACGUCGUAAAUUACGAGAUACAUCGGCGGCCCAGAAAACACGUUGAAGAAGAUUAUCUGGUCUUAUGGGGAGCCCAGAAGUCCGGUAACGAGUUCGUCGAUAAUAGACCGGAGUCAUGGAACUUUGCAUUCCAUAAAAUCUUUGACCACGGUGCCAGACAGGAUGAAGUUUUCGAAGAUGUUGCAAAGCCGAUAAUUCAGAGCGUCCUGAACGGCUACAACGCAACUAUUUUCGCUUAUGGUCAGACUGGCAGCGGUAAAACAUUUUCCAUAACAGGUGAUUCGGAAGAAUACGAGGAUCGAGGCAUCCUACCAAGAACCAUUCAACACCUUUUUCAGACUAUUCAAAAGAAUCCGGAGAACCUCUACUCCGUAGAAAUCGCAUACCUCGAAAUCUACAACGAGAAUGGGUACGACCUGCUGGAUCCGAAACACGAGGUCGUCACGAAACUGGAAGACCUGCCUCGCGUGACGAUUCAAGAGGACGAAGCCGGUAGACUCCACCUGAAAAAUCUGAGCUUUCGAGUCGUCGAGAAUGAGAAAGACGCGUUGGCACUUCUUUUUCUGGGUGACACGAAGAGAGCCAUUGCCGAAACCCCGAUGAAUCCUCAGUCAUCGAGAUCACAUUGCAUAUUCACAAUAGUUGUAACUGUGAGGCAAUACGGUGCCGAAAAAUAUUUGAAGAAAGCUAAAAUGCAUCUCGUCGAUCUCGCUGGAUCAGAACGCGUCUACAAAUGUUGUAUUUCCGGCAGCAUAUUGACAGAAGCAAAGCACAUAAACCUGAGUUUACACUACCUGGAACAGGUAAUCGUGUGUCUCGGCCAGCAGAACGUAAGCCAUAUACCUUACAGAAAUUCUCUUCUAACAGCCAUCCUGAGGGAUAGUCUCGGCGGCAACUGCCUGACGACGAUGCUCGCGACUUUGAGCAUCAAUAAAUCGAAUUUAGAGGAAACCAUUUCUACGUGUAGAUUUUCUCAAAGAGUCGCGCUAAUUAGAAACGACGUGAAACUCGUCCUCGAGAGAAACGCGGAGGAUGAGAAUAAAUUUUUAAAAAUGGAAGUUGAGAGGUUGAGGAACCAAUUAGCACUGCUUACUGAACAGCCGAAAAACGAAGAACUAACACCGAGCGAAAAGCAGGACCUCGAUUAUCAAGUGGAGAAAUUUUUGCAAUCGGAUUUCGCAACGAUCGACUGGAAAAACGAUGAAAGGAAAAUCAGAUACUGCCUGAAUACUUUACGGAGUAAAUUGAGAUCAAGAAAUGGGAAAACAAACUGCUCAAUAGGUGACGAUAACUCGGCAAAAGACGUAGAUUACUACAGAAAUUUGGUCAUCCAACGAGACAAGGAGAUUUGCGACCUUCGGAGGCGGAUGAGUGACCCUCAGAUCCUGAACGGAGCGGAGAUUCAAACGUUGCACAAAGUUCUGCAGGACGAGCAAUCUCGGCUCUCCAAUAAUCUGUCUUUGCUCAAGAGCCUGAAGUCCGAAGUAACCGAUCUCAGGAGCGUCUCACCUUCUGUUCAGCAAGAGCAAUCAACCUUCGAAACGUGUGCAAACGCCGUAGAAAAUCUUGUGCAGGACUCAGAUCCUUCAGCUCAAAGAGAUUCGGAAGAUCUUUUCACACCUGUUCAAGCACUGACCUUGGAAAGAUCGCAGCCGAAUGAUGAAGACCAAGAAACAAAGAAGGUUUCCGAGUCCUUGAAGCCGUUGAGAAAAGCCUUCUCUGAACCCGGAAAAGUCAGACGUAAAAUGAAAGUCUCAGAUUUCCUGAGCAAUGAGUGCCUGAAACUGAACGAGAACGUCGAUAAACGCGAGGCGAGUGAAGGAUCGGAUUUCGGCCAUGUUGGAAAGCCUGCCGAUGAACCCAAGGCCUCAAGGUCAUCGGGGUCGAAUUGGAGAUCGUUGAAGGACUCUAAUCAGCGAAUACCGAUCGAAGGCGAUAAUUUUGGGGCAAUUUCAACCGGCGAAAGUUCAAUUCGAGCUGAAGCUUCACUAGCGAUGUCGAGCUUUCUGCCCCCGAAGUUCCUCCAGGACUUGCUGAAGUCUGUCAAGGAUUCCGAGCACGAAAAACGUGAGGAAAACGUUAACGAUCCGGAGAUCCCGAGCGGCUGGGAGUUUUCAAAAGGUGAAGAUUCUUCGUGGCGCAAAAAAAGCUGUUUGGGGUCGAUUUCGACCCCUGAGCAACGCGACGAGAAAGAUUUGGCCGAGCCUGCGGGAGAAUUUCGGGCACAGCCGGAGAUCCCGAAUCCGAAUGAAAGUCUCCAGGAAGACGACGAUUUUGUAAAAUCUUUACCGCUGACCGGUGACCCGGAAAUCGAUAAAGAAAUCAUCGCUUUUUACCGAGCAAAAAGAUCCGGAGGAACUUAUUUAUGA